UUCUGCCAUUGUGUCCUACAAUCCCGUAUUGUGCCUCGAACAGAAAUAACUAAAUAUUUUUUCGAAUGUCGAGAGACAUGCAAUUCACUUCAGACAGUCAAUUCUUUAGCGUCCAAAAUUUUCGAUAAUGUUUUGUUGCUUCGAAUCAAUUUUUUACAGCUGAGUAGCGGAUAAAAUACAAUUUCGAUAAAUAAAACAUCACUUUAGUUUGGGGAUCGAUCAGACUGAUAGGAAACCCUGUGCGAAACGAAGAAGACAACGGUGUUUUGGCCGCAGUAAUGCUGUAAUGCUAUGCAUUUUCAGAGUCUCUAUGGCUGGUAGUGUAUUCUGGGACCGUCCCCCGGUGCCUGCGAGGCCGUACGUCAUCAGAGCCCUGCAGUGGGAAGAACUUGCAUUGGCCGCAGAGCUUCACAAAGCCACCUCUAAUUACGUGACGGGAUCGCACGCCUUGGAGACCCUCUGGAUUCUUGACAACAAGGGCUUUCUGGCUGUGGUCAACGACCGAGGUGCUUACUCCAAUGCCAUCGUGAAGUUUACGCGACCUGCGCCUGCACCGUGAUGGCCGCCAACCUCGUUCAGCUGAGCUGCGUCCACGUGCGACCGGAGUUUCGUCAGCACGCUAUGGUUCAUGAGUUGUCAAGAGCUGCCAUGGCCUACGUCGGAAACAGAAACGCCUACAUGGCAAUGGCCAACGUAUACAACAGCCAUUCAAUGCAGGAGCUGUACCUGUUCCGGUCUGCCAUGCCGUUCGUGUCUCGGUUUGCCCUGCACCAGGUGGGUGGAGUGCUAGACAUUGGUCGACCCGACGUGCCUUCGGUGAUGUUCGUGAGGGACUACGACAAGGACGUCUUGGACGACAUCAUCCGAUACGACAGGGACGUGAUGCGCAUCCUUCGGCCACGGUUCGUCCAGCUCACCCUGGAAGAAGAAACGAGCCUCGUCAAAGUGGCUGUCCGGAAGCAGACGGGUGUCGUGUGCGGCUUCGGGGUCAUCCAGGAAGAACUAAAGGGCGCGUCUGCUGUGCUGCGGCACGUGUACGCCGAGAACGUGCACGUCGCCAAGAUUCUUAUCCAGUACCUCGUCAUGGAAUACCCGUUGGCAAAGUAAGCGACUGUCCUUAUACGCGGAGAAC